AUGCCUUUCAACACCGAGCUCACCCGCCGUCUAGGCAUUCGCGUCCCCGUCAUCCAAGGCGGCCUCAUGCACGUCGGUACCGCAGACCUCGCGUCCGCAGUCUCCAACGGCGGCGGCCUGGGCAUCAUCACCGCCCUCAUCUCCCCCACGCCCGAAGCCCUGCGCGCCGAGAUCCAGCGGUGCCGCACCCUCACCGACAAGCCCUUUGGCGUCAACCUGACCCUCCUCCCGUCCCUCCUCCCGCCCGACUACCCGGCCUACGCCCAGGCCAUCAUCGACGAGGGCGUCAAGAUUGUCGAGACGGCCGGAAACUCGCCCGGCCCCGUGAUCCGCCAGCUCAAGGCCGCGGGCAUCACGGUGCUGCACAAGUGUACGACGAUUCGUCAUGCCCAGAGCGCGAUCAAGCUGGGCGUUGACUUUUUGAGCAUUGAUGGGUUUGAGUGUGCGGGACAUGUUGGCGAGAGCGACAUUACGAAUUUUAUUUUGUUGAGCAGGGCGAGGCAGACGCUGAAUACUCCGUUUAUUGCUUCGGGAGGGUUUGCUGAUGGGCAGGGACUUGCGGCGGCGCUGGUUCUGGGAGCUUGUGGUAUCAACAUGGGCACACGUUGGGUGGCCACGGUGGAAAGUCCGGUACAUGUGAAUAUCAAGGAGGCCAUCGUCAAGGGCCAGGAGACGGACACGACGCUGUUGUUGAGACGCUGGACAAACACCACGAGGCUGUACAAGAACAAGGUUGCGACAGAUGCGCUCAAGAUUGAGAGGGAGAGCAAGUCAGGCGAAUUCUCGGAAGUAGCGCCUUACGUCAGCGGAAAGAGAGGGAAGGAGGUGUUCAUUAACGGUGACCCGGAAUAUGGCGUCUGGACGACAGGCCAGGUCAUGGGUCUUAUUCACGACAUCCCGACUUGCGGCGAACUGUGUGCUCGUAUUGAGAAGGAGGCGGAGACUGCGCUGAGGGAGAAGCUGGCUUUGAUUGUGUCUGAUUCGAAGCUAUAA